GACGGUAGUUGGAUGGCGCGGUGACGCAGCAUGCGCCGCACGCCGCUCGCAACGUUGCUGCGCCUACUCUUCAUAGCUGGUGGCGUAACAUUCGUCAAUCCUUACGCGAGUGCCCGGACUGACCUCAACCAAGUAUGGGUGGAGAUACCUUCAUCCCUGGUCGCGCUGGGUGGCGACGUCCACGUCAGAGUCCACGGCGUUCUCGGCACCGGGCUCCGAGUCCGGCUCGCUCGCGAAGACGACGAAGGUCGGACCUUGCUCGCCACCAUGCCUCUAGCGCUCGACUCUGAAAGCCGCCUGACCAUACCCUGCGGAUACUUCUCCAGAGGAGGCAUUUACUACUUGGAACUCAUAGCCGACAAAGAGAACUUCAUAAGCGAAGAUUAUAACGCAGAUAAUCUCACUAACAACGUGUUAGAUGAUGUUGAUUAUACUAAACGUCAAGUCACUGAUUUUGAGAAGAGAAAUGUAAAUAAUGUAGAGAUAAGUGAUACAACUUCAGUUGUAAGUAUGCAAGUUAAGGAUGUAAAAGAAACUUUUACUAAAAGAAGUAUUAAUACAGCAGUAACUGCUUUUGAUAAUGAAUCAGUAAUACACAAUGUGGUUGAUAAUAAAGUAAUUGAAAAUGUUACUCACAGUGAAGGUGGAAUUCGUCUUAAACCUAUGGUUACCGGGAAUAAGGUUAAAAGAGAAGUUGAUAAUGAAGGGAGUUUGAUGGAAACAGGGGAUAGCGUUAUCAAAUCUUGGAAAUUCGACGUGCUAUGGCCGUCAGCAAAUCUGGAUGUGACUCCAGAACACAUUCAGACGUAUCCAGAGAGACAGGUGAUGGCUAUUAUAGAAUACCCGAGGGUUGUCUGCACGCCAAUAGAAUCGAGCGCAGAUUUCUUCUUGGAAUUACUAUAUUGUGGCCAUUCUAGUGGAGGAGCAGUGCUCUGCGAUGGGAAAAAUAGCAGUUCUCACACCCACGCACUGUAUUCAGAGGAGAUGCAUGGUUUCCCGGGUCGUAGGACUAUGACCCUGAGAUGUGAGUUCUUUGGACAAGCUGGGGACUAUGCGCUGACUCUUCGACCAGCUGCUGCGGCUGGACCUCAGGACUCCGCCACGGCUUUCAUCAGGGCUGACUGGUCGGAUCAAUUUGUCCUGAACGUGCACGGAGGGUCGGUGUUCCCGUGCGGGGAGGGGGUUCGAGUCCUGUUCCAGUACCCGGAGUGCGCGAUAGAAGGUGUAGACCGAGUGAGAGUGUUUGGUCGAGAUGCUGACAAACUGCGAUACAUCGUUGAGAGGCGUGUGCGCAGGGGACAACACACAGCCUCCUUUGACUGCCGUUUGUUCAGCGAGCGUUACCCGGAGUACUGCUUCGUGUACGUCUCUCAGGCGGUCACUGGUGCAGUCGCGGAUGUCAGAAUGGACUGCCUUCCGACUCUACCAUUAUCAGACGGCGGUGCUGGUGGGUGGGGCCAGUGGUCUCCGUGGUCACCGUGUCCGGCGCCGGCGCACUGCUCGACGCGCACGCGCAGUCGGCACAGGUUCUGCGACUCGCCACCCCCUGCAUACGGCGCUAAGUACUGUGAGGGCCAGGCAGUAGAACUGGCCGCUUGCGAGUGCAACGCCCGCCCCUGGGCUGGAGACUCCUCCGUGGUGGUGGCUGAAGUAGGGGCUAGGUGUAGAUGCGGCUGCGUCCUACAUCUCGCGCCGGCUGCUCGUCUGCUAGCCGGCUCUGCGAGGGCCUGCCCUUCCAGGUCAUUCUGGCUUUUGCAGGCUGAAGAAGGACUGGUGGUGAGACUGCGCAUGGAGGCAGUCAAAUUGCCUUGCGCUGGACAAGCACUAAGGGCUCGUGAUGGGGACUCCUUGGGAUCCCCGCUAUUGGCCUCUUGGGAUGGCCCAGACAGCUCUGCUGUGGUUGGUGACGUGGAAACCACGACGGAUAGUAGCGGAGUAAUGGAGAUAGCUGGUGGACGUCACAUUCUCGUGGAACUCCGCUCUGGAGAUACCAGCGAGCGAUGUGCGGGAGGAUUCCUGGCACACGCAACGCAAAUAGAGCCCAUCCGCAACGCGUCGGCGGCGUGGGCGUCGAUGAGCGGGGGCGAGUGGUGGCGCGGCGGCGGCGGGGCGCGCGGCGCGGCGGUGGCGCUGGCGGCGGCGGCGGCGCUGGCGGCGCUGUGCCUGGCGCUGCACUCCGCGCACCGCACGCGCGCCUACCAGCGCGCUGCCGACAAGGAGUCGCUCACUGAUAGCGAUGCGUGCUCAGCAUCUCUAGAGCUAGGAGUAGCCACGGCUGGUUCACGCAGCACUUUACUAUCAGAAGUGGUGGGCGGCACCGUCUCUCUGCGUCGGCUGCUACCUUCAGGCAGGACCAAGCACACCAGGCUGAGGGACUGCGAGAGAACUUCAGAAACUGUUGAGAACCGAGAUGAGGAAGACCAAGCAUCAGACGCCGAGAACGAAGCAGAAGAUAAUGAGAGUGUGGCCAGUGUGGACAGUGGUGCCAGUCAAGCCACUGUCACUCCAGAGACAGUGUCAGCUAGUAGCGCGCCUGCUGGGACGAAGACUGCGACACUGUCCCCGCUCAGGCGAUGUCACACCAUGUCGGCUACUAAUGUGUCGACGGUGCAAGUUUUACUGGAUAAACCAACGUCCCAAAUGACGUCACCACCCCAGACGUCCAACUGCGAGACAGCUAUAGUAGAGCUGAGUACCAGCGCCAGCAGUGUGAGCGAGAGAGACGACACUUGCAGUGAGAAAGACAGAGACAGCCUGUGGGAGAAGGACAGGACUGAAAGUAGGGCGUCUUCUACCUCUGCUGCUACUUUAACCAAUGGUUGGUAUUCCCCUGCCCUAAGUGGAGUGUCAGCAGCGAAGAUCCGCGACAAUCCGAAGCACACAAAAGAGAGCUGCAACCGACGACUCCUCAAGUCCGACCUGAGCCUCACCUCCCACCCUGAGAUGGAGAUAGACUACUACGACUACGAGGUCAACAAUGCUGGUUCGGUCCCAGGUUCGUAUUUGGGCAUGGAUCCAGCAUUUUUGGUCUGGAUACCGCCACUCGAAGAAGGCGAUAUUUUGAAGGAGAUUGACAAUAAUAGAAAACCUAUUUAUGAGGAAAUCCUGCCUCUAGAAUUGCGCCCGGAUCCUGGCAGUAACACAGAAUCCCCAGAGGAAAGGCCGACAUCUAGCACUUUAAAAAGAAACGAAAACAGAACAAACAGAUCAACAGAAUCUAUCAAGUCUAUAAGAAAAGUCAUAGAAAAGGGAAACAUUAUACACCCUUUGAAUUUCAGUAUAAGUGAUUUGCAAAAUUCUCCCAAAUUGCCGAGGAGGAACAAGAAGAAGAAGGUCGAAAGUCCCGUGGGAAUACAAAUGAAUGAACUGUCGAUGAGCAAAUCUCCGGUUCGGGUCCACAGAAGGGACUCUGAUGCAAAUAAUUCUACGUUAAAACGAGUAAACGACAAUGCUAGAGAAACUAACGCUGACACUUUAAAAAGGUCAGAUUUUGCUGAUAUUAAAUUUGCAGAUGAGAAUUCUGACUCGUCGAAUGAUAUAAAAUUCGCAGACGACUCGCCAGAUAGCAAUAGGAUGGUUGAUAAAUACAAUGUUAAAGUAUAGAUGACUUGUAAUACAGCUAUACAGUAUGUGAACCGUUGAUACAUUAAAUUAAAUAAGUUAUUCAAAAUCGAAAAAAAUAAUCCGUGUAUCAUGUUAAUUUUAGCUGUUCUUUAAUCAAAUGGUUGAUGAUAGAUAAUAUAAUUAUUUUUUAUUAAGUUCAGAUAACGCCAUAAUUGCAAAAAGGCGGAUUUGCCCGCGUAGACGGAAUAGGGCCCUCUGACCUUAUGUCAUAAGCAGUUUACGUACUGUAUAUAAAUUUCAUAUAACAUUAUUCGUAAAGUUCUUUUAAAAUACUAGUUUAUUUGUGAUUAGAAAUGUUCAUUCUUUUUAAAUCCUAACAAAUUAGGAAAUUAUGUCGGACAACUGUAUAAAUGGCAAUUUCUUAAAUUAAAUCUGCAGUAACUUCAUUUUGUGGUGGUACCACCUCAGUUGAACAGAGUAACUUGAAUCUUCAUUUCGUUUUUAGUGGUACAAUCUCGGUUGAAUCGAGUCCUUACUUUAUUCAAAUAUGCGUAUUCUCUCCUAUUUUUGUAAGUUUUCAAAAUGAAAAAUAACAAAUAAAUUAGCAUUUUACAAUAUUCAGUAGUUCCCCUUCACCAUUUGUAAAUAAGGACCAAUCUGUGAAUACAUCGUAUAUCUCAUUUCAUGGAGUCAUUGUCGUGUAUUUUGAUCAUUAAUCACAAAAAUAUAAUCUAGACAUAUAGAUUUUUAUAAUCAGUUCCAUUAAACAGUAUUUUAGUAAAAUGUGUCGAAAAUGAACUGAAUGUUGGGAUACCAAAGAUAAUACUCCCAUAAAAAUAUUCUAUGAAACUAAUUUUAGUAAUAGAAAAUUAAUUAACUCUGUCUCUAAUAAAACAAAACACAAACACGCAUCAUGCAUUUAUCCCCGAAGGGGUAUCCAUAGGGUCAACCAGGACACCCGCUUUUCGCCAAGCGUGUUCCGACCCAUGAUGUGAUAGGGGGCGAGCCUAUCGCCAUAUCGGGCACAAAUUCCAGACUCUGGGCUAUCAGCCCAGAGUCUGGAAUUUGAGCAGACAAAACCUAAAAAUCACUUUUCCCGACCUGGAAUUCGAACCCAGGACCUCAGAGCGCUGCCGUACCGUGCAUGCAGUACAACUACGCCACCGAGGCCUAGAGAAACCUAAUUUAUAUGAAAAGUAAUAGUUUAAUAAUUGAUCUUAUUUUGCUUUCAUCUCAUUCCAAUCGGAUGUCGGUCCUAUACUCUUUCAAGCAAGUGGUAACUGGUGGUACCACUUGCUUGAAAGAUAGAGUCCACCUGGAUAGGUACCACCGCAAUGUCUAUUUCUGCCGCCAAGCAACACUGUAUAAUCACUGUUGCGUUCCCGUUUGAAGAACAUUCUAGCCAAUGUAACUACUGGACAUAAUAAGAUUCAACACGUCAUGUCUCAAGAUGGCAAGCGCGAAUACCAAACAAUACUUUUUAAUUCAACAUGAUGGCUGGUGUUUCUACUGUGGGCGGUCGUAUCGCUUACCAUUAGGCGAACGGCAAGCUCGUCUCGUCGUUCAUAGAAAUUAUCUUCUACAGUCACUAUGAAUAUCAAAUAAAAAUAAA